UGAUAGCCUUCAUGAGUUACCAACUUUGGAACAUGAUGCAAAAGUACGGUACCUUCGCAGUCGCCUGAGUUCGCAUGCUCAUUACUGACCGAAAGUCUUACAAGCAGUCUGGCUAUAUUUUCAAUGGAAAUCAACCUCCAAAAUGAGGAGAGCGUGCCAGUUCCGUAUGUUGUAGAAGGAAAAUGUGUAUCACGUGAUGAGGGAAUUGCCUGUCAUCAAGCGAUACAGCCAUCGUAGUUGCUUGAUGGUGCAGUAGAAGACCAUCAGCUAUCUUAUCUCUAAUGUAUGCUAGGGAUGUUCAGAAGCUCUCUGGAUUCCAUAUUCGAUGGGUGUUGCACCACGUGAUGCUUAGCGUCGCCCGAAUUUCAACGUCAAGUUCCUUUCUUUCUCAGAAUCAAUCACCGCAUCUCCAUCAUCAGCAGCCUUCGUAUCAUCACCCACUCGGCUUACCAUACCUACCGUACAAUACCCUCACGAGAGCGAGUGGUUUUGAGGCAAUAUGUACUGUUGUCAACGCAAAAAUGGGGAUGUUAAGUUUCUUACAGCAGGCUAAACAAAACAGAAUGCCCGGAGGUAAACCCGGCUUACCCAACAUCAGGUCAUGCAGCAACAAGCUUUUUACUCGUCUUCAAGAACUUGAUCGGACGACUCAAACUGGAUUUCGUUCUCUCGCAUGUCUCAGUUUCGGAGCAGUUCGGAUAACCAAUCGGGACCGAGUCCCGCAUUGUCUGCAGAAGGGUCAAAGCAGCUGAUAGGCGCUGUCAGCCUGUCGCUGAUUGUAGAUCCCAGAUCCCAGAUUCGCCGCUAAAGAUCAUCACAACUCUUCUUGUCUGCUUGCAGAGAUCGCUUAGCGCCUAUCAAACGAAACAACUUGUGUCUAGUCGCCGGGCAGUACGCGCAAUCAACAGCAUCUACCUCUGUCGACAAUUAACUCGACCUUC